AUGUUUGGGCUGAAGCUGAAAAAGAAGAAGAAAAACAAAGCAGAGAAGGGGUUGAUCCUCACCAACAAGGGUGCACAAGAUGGUCAGAGCGACUCUGAAGCACCACAGGAAGGGCCUUCUCACCAGGAAGGACCAGAAGGAGACGUGAUUCAUGACGAUGCUUCUAUCACUCCUGGCCCCGCGGCUCCUCCAAAGAGGAGAGCGAAACUGCUGACUAAGAUCCAUGAUGGGGAGGUCAAAUCUCAAAACUAUCAAAUCGCCAUAACCAUCACUGAGGCCCGGCAGCUGGUGGGCGAGAACAUCGACCCGGUUGUGACCAUUGAGAUCGGGGAGGAGAAGAAGCAGAGCACAGUGAAGGAAGGGACCAGCAGCCCGUUUUAUAAUGAGUACUUCGUGUUUGACUUCAUUGGACCCCAAGUGCAUCUUUUUGACAAGAUCAUCAAGAUCUCAGUCUUACACCACAAGCUGAUAGGAAGCAUCCUGAUUGGCUCUUUCCGAGUGGAUGUGGGGACGGUGUACAACCAGCCUGGUCACCAAUUCUGCGACAAGUGGGCACUGCUUACAGACCCUGGUGACAUCAGGACUGGCACCAAGGGCUACCUGAAGUGUGACAUCAGUGUGACCGGGAAAGGCGACGUCUUAAAGACCAACCCCAAAACCUUCGACGCUGAGGAGCAAAUAGAGAAGAACAUUCUGAUCCCUCAAGGAUUUCCAUCAGAGAGACCUUGGGCCAGAUUCUAUGUGAGGCUGUAUAGAGCAGAAGGGUUACCCAAAAUGAACUCCAGCAUUAUGGCAAACGUCACCAAAGCAUUUGUGGGUGACAGUAAGGACCUCGUGGAUCCCUUUGUGGAGGUGUCCUUCGCUGGGCAGACGGGGCGAACCUCAGUGCAAAAGAACUGUGCAGACCCUGUGUGGCAUGAGCAGGUGGUCUUCAAGGAAAUGUUCCCUCCCUUGUGCCGGAGGGUGAAAAUUCAGGUGUGGGAUGAAGGCAGCAUGAAUGACGUCGCCCUGGCAACCCACUUCAUUGACCUGAAGAAAAUCUCCAAUGAGCAGGAUGGAGACAAAGGCUUCCUUCCCACCUUCGGACCUGCCUGGAUUAACCUGUACGGCUCCCCCAGGAACCAGAGUCUCAUGGAUGACUACCAGGAGUUGAAUGAGGGCUUUGGGGAAGGCGUGGCCUUCAGGGGCCGGAUCUUGGUGGAAAUUGCUGUGGAAAUCCUCUCUGGGGGCGCCCAGGAGUCUAAGUUCUCCAAAGCUCUGAAGGAGCUGAAGCUGUCUUCCAAAGACAAAGACUCCAAAUCUUCUAAAGGCUCAAGCAAAGACAAGGCUGACAAAAGCGAGGAUGGCCGAGCCCAGCAGGCAGCUGACAAGACCAACUCCACGGAGGUGGAGGUGGAAUCUUUCACGGUCCCCCCAGAGAUUACACCAGAAAAAUAUGAGGAGUUUUUACUCUUUGGAGCCUUUUUUGAAGCUACCAUGAUUGACCGGAAGAUCGGAGACAAGCCCAUCAGCUUUGAAGUUUCUAUUGGUAACUUUGGGAACCUGAUCGAUGGAGGGUCUCAUCAUGGGAGUAAGAAGAAAUCAGCUGAGCUGAUGGAAGAGGAUGUCCUUCCUCUGUUGCAUGAAGGAGAAAAAGACGUGGCCCACGACAGUGUCAUUUCCAUGGCCUCCACCACACACCCGGAGAAGCCUCUGGUGACGGAAGGGAACAGAAAUUACAACUACUUGCCUUUUGGUGCCAAGAAGCCCUGUGUCUCCUUCAUCAGUUCCUGGGGAGACCAGACAUUCAGACUGCACUGGUCCAACAUGCUGGGGAAAAUGGCUGACCUCUUGGAAGAAGGCAUAGAAGAAGUGAGGGAGCUGGUCAAGGUUUCAGAGGAGGCACCGGAAGAGAAGAUGAAGACCGUGCUCAGUGACUUCAUCAGUCAAAGCAGCUCCUUUAUCUCUGAAGCAGAAAAGAAACCGAAGAUGUUGAACCAAACUGCGUUAGAUAAGAAACGACUCACGCUCUGCUGGCAAGAGCUGGAGGCAAUGGCCAAGGAGGCCAAAGGGGCCAUUCAACAACAGAAGAAAAAGUUAUCUCUUGAUGAGAUGAUCAAUGAAGCCCAGAGCUUUGUGGAGAAGAUCCGCUUUCUUGUGGAUGAGCCCCAGCACACUCUCCCAGAUGUCUUCAUUUGGAUGCUCAGUAACAACAAGAGAGUAGCCUAUGCCAGAAUUGCUGCCAAAGACCUGCUUUACUCCCCCAUCAGAGAGCAGAUGGGCAAGCACUGCGGGAAGAUCAAAACCCACUUUCUCAAGCUUCCUGGGAAACGGCCAGCUGGCUGGACUGUACAGGCAAAAGUUGAUAUAUAUCUGUGGCUGGGCUCCACCAAAUACUCCAACGCCAUUUUGGACAACUUGCCUGUGGGCUAUGAAGCAGAAAUGCCCUCCAAGGCAUCUGGCACCCAUCACCCUCCAUCAGCCCUGCUAUACCAAGCCCAGCAUGUCUUCCAGCUGAGAGCACACAUGUACCAAGCCCGGGGCCUCAUCGCAGCUGACAGCAAUGGACUUUCAGAUCCCUUCGCUAAAGUCACAUUCCUGUCCCAGUGCCAGACCACAAAGAUCAUUUCCCAGACUCUCUCUCCUACCUGGAACCAGAUGCUGCUCUUCAAUGAAUUGGUUUUGCAUGGCGAGGAGAGGGAGCUGGCGGAGUCUCCGCCCCUAGUGGUGGUGGAACUCUAUGACAGUGAUGCGGUGGGGAAGCCAGAAUAUUUGGGUGCCACGGUGGCUGCUCCGGUUGUGACCCUAGCUGACCAGGACUAUGAGCCCCCCAAGCUGUGCUAUCACCCCAUCUUCUGUGGAAACCUCUCUGGAGGGGACCUUCUUGCUGUGUUUGAGCUGUUGCAGGUUCCUUCUUCUGGACUACAGGGCCUCCCUCCCAUUGACCCACCAGACAUCACACAGAUCUAUCCUGUUCCCUCCAACAUCCGGCCAGUGCUGAGUAAAUACCGGGUCGAGGUCCUCUUCUGGGGUGUCCGAGAAAUGAAGAAGGUACAGCUCCUCUCUGUGGACCGGCCACAGGUUCUCAUUGAAUGCGGGGGACGAGGCGUGAAGUCUUGCGUGAUCCAGAGUUAUAAGAACAACCCCAACUUCAGCAUACAGGCAGAAGCCUUUGAAGUGGAGCUGCCUGAGAAUGAGCUCCUGCACCCACCGCUCAGCAUCUGUGUGGUCGACUGGAGAGCUUUCGGGAGAAGCACCCUCGUGGGCACCUACACCGUCAACUGCUUGAAACAGUUUUUGUGUAAAUCCAGAGAGCCCCUUGCCCUAACUUCACAGACGGAUGGAGUUGUUUCAGAUUCACUAGCAACAAUCGAGUCUUCUGAACUCAGCUCCUCCCAGGAUCCCCCAACAGAUCACGUCUACGUGGAUGUUGAGCCACCUCCCACAGUGGUACCUGACUCUGCCCAGGCCCAGACAGCCACUCUGGUCGAUAUCCCUGACUCCUCUCCGAUGCUGGAGCCCGAGCACAAACCUGUAUCCCAGGAACCACCAAAAGAUGGGAAAGUCAAGCCAGAUCCCAGGAAGCCUUCUCGGAGAUCCACCAAAAGGAGGAAGAGGACCAUAGCAGAUGAAUCCGCUGAGAAUGUCAUUGAUUGGUGGUCUAAGUACGACGCCUCCCUAAAGAAAGCACAGAAGGAAAAGGAGAACAACUCGAAGGAGAAAAGGGCCACAGACGCAAAGCCAGACGAGGUGGUGUUGGAUAUAGAGGAUGGCCCCAAAAAGAAGAAAGACAAAAUGCUCAAGAAGAAACUGAAAGAUGAUGGGAAUGGUGGGAUCCCGAACUUGGCUGUCUUAAAGAUAUAUGAUGGUGAGCUUGAGAGUGAAUUUAACAACUUUGAAGACUGGGUGAAGACCUUCGAACUCUUCAGAGGCAAAUCUACAGAAGAUGAUCAUGGUCUAGAUGGAGACCGAGUCAUAGGAAAGUUCAAGGGCUCCUUCUGCAUCUACAAAAGCCCAGAGGAUUCUACCUCAGAGGACAGUGGGCAGCUGAGAAUCCAGCAAGGAAUUCCACCCAAUCAUCCCAUUCAAGUACUGAUCAGGGUGUACGUUGUCGCGGCAUUUAAUCUUAGCCCAGCUGAUCCAGAUGGCAAAUCAGACCCCUACAUUGUCCUCAGACUUGGCAAAACAGAAAUCAAAGACCGGGACAAGUACAUCCCCAAACAACUGAAUCCAGUAUUUGGAAGGUCAUUUGAGAUUCAGGCCACUUUCCCAAAGGAGUCCCUGCUCUCCAUCCUGAUCUAUGACCACGACAUGAUUGGGUCAGAUGACCUCAUCGGGGAGACCAAGAUCGACUUGGAGAACCGUUUCUACAGCAAACACAGAGCCAUCUGCGGUUUGCAGAGCCAAUACGAGAUAGAAGGGUACAAUGCCUGGAGGGACACGUCCAAACCCACAGAAAUCCUGACCAAGCUCUGCAAAGACAACAAGCUUGACGGGCCACACUUUCGUCCCGGGAAGAUACAGAUCGGAAGCAAGGUCUUUUCUGGAAAAACAGCCUUUGCCGAGGAAGACUCUGAGGAGAUGGUGGAGUCUUACGAACACUUGGCCCUCAAGGUGUUACACUCUUGGGAGGACAUACCUGAGGUUGGGUGUAGGCUGGUUCCAGAGCACAUAGAAACUCGGCCAUUGUACCACAAGGAUAAGCCAGGAAUGGAGCAGGGCCGUCUACAAAUGUGGGUGGACAUGUUCCCCAAAGAUACACCUCAGCUCGGACCUCCUGUUGACAUUUCACCAAGGAAACCCAAAGGAUAUGAGCUGAGGGUGACCAUCUGGAAUACUGAAGAUGUCAUUUUAGAAGAUGAGAAUAUCUUCACGGGUCAAAAGUCAAGUGAUAUUUACGUCAAAGGGUGGAUCAAGGGUUUGGAGGACGACAGGCAGGAGACGGAUGUGCACUACAACUCCCUGACUGGAGAAGGGAACUUCAACUGGCGUUUCCUGUUUCCGUUCCAGUAUCUGCCAGCUGAAAAGCAAAUGGUCAUCACCAAACGGGAGCACAUCUUUUCCCUAGAGAAGAUGGAGUGUAAGACUCCAGCCGUCUUGGUGCUGCAGGUCUGGGACUUUGAAAGACUGUCCUCAGAUGACUUCCUGGGCUCCCUGGAAAUGAAUCUUAACAGCUUCCCUCGGGCAGCCAAAUCUGCAAAAGCCUGCGAUCUGUCCAAGUUUGAAAAUGCAAGCGAGGAGAACAAGAUCUCCAUAUUCCAGCAAAAGCGCGUGCGUGGCUGGUGGCCUUUUGCCAAGAGCAAGGAGCUCACGGGCAAGGUUGAAGCUGAGUUCCACUUGGUCACAGCAGAAGAAGCUGAGAAAAACCCUGUUGGGAAAGCCCGAAAGGAGCCUGAGCCCUUGGCCAAGCCCAACCGCCCAGACACCUCCUUCUCGUGGUUCGUGAGCCCCUUCAAGUGCCUGUACCACCUCAUCUGGAAGAACUACAAGAAGUACAUCAUCAUUGCUUUCAUUCUGAUCAUCCUCAUCAUCUUCCUGGUCCUCUUCAUCUACACCCUGCCAGGAGCCAUCAGCAGGAGGAUUGUCGUGGGAAGCUCAUAA